AUGGAGAUGCGUAAUGACCCAGAUAUCGUGCUGGCUGCUGUGAUGGAGAAUGGCAGGACAAUGGAGUUUGCCUCCAACGCCCUACUUAAUGAUCGGAGUUUUGUCCUGCGAGCCGUGCAGUCGACAAAAGCCACAUGGCUCUUGAACUAUUGCAGCCGAGAGCUGCAGGACGACAAAGAAUUCCAGGAGUUGGUCGAGCAAGCUGCUGGGACUGGGCUUGUGUUUACAUGCUAUCACAGCUUCAGCUGCUUCGACUCCGUAAGGAAUCGCUUCGUGGCCACAGGUGCAUCAGUCCCAGGAGGCACCGCAUAUGAUCAUGUGAUGACGCAGUUGAAUAAGACCUCUGGAGGAACAGCGACAGUCUGGUUCGACGAGAUCCCAGUCUUCGGCUUUUCUGCCAACAAGGGCGAGUGGGUUCACCCCAGCGAGGAUUGUGGCCGUGACUAUGUACCAGUUCCCCUUCAAGAGAAUCGACAUGAAAUGUGGAACUCCAUGGUGGAGUCCCGCAAUACAAGGCUGUGGCCACCUGUUGGAUCGAAGCACCCUUGCUGGUGCUGCCACUGGCUGAGAAAAGUCAAACAGAAGCAUGCAGAGGGUGCAGUCAUUUGCAUCGCCGUGUCCAAUAUAUAUAAUAAGGACUGGGUGGACAAGUACGGGGCAGGAAGCUCAGAGCUGAGCGACGAGGCUGCAGACAAGUUUGGACUCAAGAGGGAACAGUUCCGCAAUGGCCGCCCUGCUGGUUGGGGCACAGGCAAGAUCCAGAUUUCCAAUGGCAUGACCUUUUCCCGCGUGGCGCCAGUCCACCCUCACACCGGGCUCCCCCUGGGUGAGGGAUGUCGCUGGGAGCGCCAAGCGCUCGAUCGCCAGAACUUUGCAGUCUAUGCGUAUUUUGUUCCCUGA